GCUCGCCGCCGUAAUUUGGAAUUUUUUUGUAGGCCAAACGAAAUAGUGAUGCAAUUUUGUUGUUUUGAACGGGGAAAGUGAAAGUCGGUGAUUUGAUUGCGCUCUCUAUUGACAAUCAUAGAAACGUGGUGGCGGUGUUUGGUGCUGCUGGUGUUUGUAGUUAUCAAAACCAUUCCAAGCACUUGGACCGACGAUAACACAGAGAGCAGCGCUUCGCUUCGUUCAAAAGCGGUUCCAAAAGGUCAACAACAAAAAGCACGAGGGACAAGGGGGCAAAACAAAACACGCGAUUUGCCGGGAGAGAGAGAGAAGUGUAAGACGGCAGUCGCCAAUGUGCACGCGACUUGGAAAGUUGCGCGCGUAACUGCGUCCAGCCCAGUUUAACCUCAAAGCACGCACAAAAGCGGAGACCACAAAUCCAGCAUCUGCCAAAAACACAAUCCACAAUCCUCAAAAAUAUUCCACAGCAUGCAGCGCCUGAUGCCGGCUGGAUGGUGUUUACCCUUUAGGGUAUCCACCACCACAAAAGUGGUGCUCUUCUCCCUAACUGCCGGUGUGGCGCUUAUGGGCGUCUUAUCGCGAUUCCUACGGCGUCGCAAACCGCCGCGUCCCACACGUCGUCCCAGAAAGUAUACGGGUCGUCGCACCCGAAACAGCAUGCGCAGUCCCAACGAUCUGGCAUCGAUAGCCGGCUCCAAGGCGUCGGCAAGAUCGGGCAGCCCGGUGGGUUCAACGCUCGCCUAUUCGGAUCGCCUGUCGCUGGCAUCGGGCUCGAUUGGUGUCGGUGCCCAGAUCAACAAUCAGAACCUCACCGGGCCCGUGGGCAUGACACAGCUAACCGCACAACAAUUGGGUGUGAUGGGCAUGGAGGCGUUGGAUACGGUUAUUAACUUUUGGGAGGAUGCGCUGGCCGCUCACUAUUCGCCGGGCGGUGUGCCCGCCUCGUUGACCACAGCGGAGGACUCGGAGUUCUGUCGCGAAAUACAGAAUCUGCUCGAGAUGUCCUAUACGCUACAGGAGCAGAGCGAACUGCUCUUUCUCGAUCAGCGUUCGGUGCUUUUCCGCGAGGAACAUUCCAUUGAUGAGGCCGAGGAGGAUGGAUUUGUUGCUGCCGGCGAUAAUAAUGAUGACGACGAUCGGCACUCGAGGAAAUCGGGCAGCGUGCUCAGUCGCGCUGGCUCUGAUCCCAAUUUCGAUUCGGCGGAAAGUUUCGCCUCGGCUCUGGAUCAAGUGGCUGAUCUACGUGAGUUCGAUGGCUUCAUUGAGACGGCAUACGAGGAGUAUCCGCUAUUCCAGACCGCGCUCAGGCAUCACGACGAGUACACGGUGCCAUGUCGCACCAUACGCUCCGAAUUGAUGCACUGCAGCAGCGACACCGAGUAUUUGGCCAAGUUGCAUUGCGUGCGGCUUGCCUUUCAGUUUCUCUUCAAGGAUGCGGCCGUGGGUCAAUGGAUCUGCGAUGCCGGUCGACAAAUACUGACCGAUCUGUUGUGCCUGAGCGAUAAGGACACCAAGGAGUUUCUCGUUGGCUACGAGGAUAUGGUCAACUUCCUGCACGAUCCCAACAAUUGGCCGUGCAUUCAAAUGGAGCUCGAACAGCGCAACGUCAAGGCAAUGACAUUCUACGACAUUUGCCUGGACUUUAUCAUUCUGGACUCGUUCCGGGAUCUCGAUGCGCCGCCAGCCAGUGUCACAGCUGUUGUCCAGAAUCGUUGGCUAUCCAAUGGAUUCAAAGAGACGGCACUUACGACGGCCGUUUGGUCGGUGUUGAAAGCGAAGAAGCGAAUGUUAAAGUUCCCCAAUGGAUUCAUGGCACAUUUCUAUGUGAUAUCGGAGCAAAUAUCACCGUUGAUGGCGUGGGGCUUCUUCGGGCCUAAUGAGAAUUUACGCGACAUUUGCCACUAUUUCCGGGAACAAUUGCUGUCCUUUUUUGGAUGACAUCUAUAGCUUCCAGAAGAGUCGAUUCACCACCAUCGAGGAGUUCUCGGAGGAUGUGCUGAAGCACAUGCAGACGCGUGUCAAUAAUAUUGGCGUCAAGUUUAGCCA